AUGUCCAGCAUCGAUGGAACAGACCAGCAGGGAGACUAUAUAGAACACCCCCUACAGGAUUCAGCAUCGCCCGGACCCAGCCAGCGGGCCGAGCCCGAGCCCGUCAUCGCGGGCGCGGACGCAGUGACCGCGAGCGCGCUCGCCGACGACGCGCCCGACGCCACCUCUGCGCUCCGCGAGUUCCUGAGCCUGCUCCAGGGCGCCGACGACGCCGACACCGUCGACCGCGGCCUGCUGCUCCUGCUGCUGGCCUUCACAGACCGCUGGCAGCAGGGCGCCGCGCCGCGUGGCACGCCGCAAGACGUGAUCGCCGCCCUGCCGCGCGUCCGCGCCGCCGCCGCGGCCGGGCACGACGCAGGCAAGCCGCCCGACGCAGCGGCAAGCGCACCAUCGGGCGCGGGGCCGCACGCAGAAGACGCGCAGCCGGCAGAGGGCGCGGCGGACGCGCAGGCGCGCCCCCCGGUCGGCGGCCCCGCGGAAGGCAGCUGCCCCUGCUGUUUUGAGGAGCCCGAGGUUGUCGUCCGCUUCCCCUGCGGCCACUGCGCCUGCGAGCCCUGCACCCUGCGGUGGCUGGCCGGCCACGACACAUGCGUGAUGUGCCGCGCGCCAGUUAGCAGCGGCGGCCCCAGCAGCAGCGACCGUGGCGGAAGCGGCGGCGGCGGCGGCGACGGCGGCGUCGCCGCGGCGGCAGGGCGCGCGGCGCGGGACGCGCUGGCACUCGGCGACGCGCCCGAAAGCAUCGAGGCGCUCGCGCGGCGCCUGCUCGGCCCGCGGCCGGCCCCAGCCCUUGGGUCGAGCCUUGCAGCAGCGGCGGUUGGGGAGACGGCGGCCGCGGCAGCGGCAGGUGGCUUCGGCGCAGUCAGUGGCGGCGGCGGCGGUGGCGGCGCUCUGAGGCGCGAGGUGUCAGCAGCGGAGUCGCUCCAGGCUGAGGCGGCCGGGCGGCGGCUGAGGGCGAUGCGCGAGUCGCUGCAGCGCAUGCAGUCCGCCCUGUCGCAGCACGCGGUCCAGCAGCGGCAGCUGGAGGGGCAGAUCGAGCAGCUGCACGACCAGCGGCUGCGAUUGCAGCGGGAAUACGGGUCCCUGAGGGUCCAUGGUGACAGGAUUGCCGCGCAACUCAGGAGCCUGGCGGAGCGUGCUGCGGCGCCGGAGGCGGGGCCGGGGGCGCCAAGUGAGGCGGGUGCGCGGGAACGGGACGGGGGGAAUAGGCAGCAGGAGCAGCAGCAACAGCAGCAACAGCAGCAGCGGGAGCAGCGGGAGCAGCAGCAGCAGCAGCAGCAGCAGGAGCAGCAGGAGGAGGACGGCAGGGGCGCGGCGGCGGGAGCGCAAAGCCAUGGCGAGGCGCGUGGUGAGGGCGGCCACGGCAGCGGCCUGCCCCGGAGCGGCAGUGGCGAUGGCGCUGCGCCGCCAGGGCGGCCGGGCGGCACAGUGCUGACGCCGCUGCGGCUGGCCCGCGGCGGCUCCGCGCCGCUCGGCGCCGCAGCGGCCGCAGGCGCCGCCGCGCUUUGCGCCGUGAGCGGCCAGCGGCCGCCCACGCCGGACCGGCGGCCCGGGUCGCGCGGCGCCGUUCCGCCGCAGCACCCGUUCGCCGACGCGGGGGCGGCGGCGCUAUCCCCGUUUCGCAGCCGCGCCGGGAGCUGGGACGGGCAGGCGGCGGCGCCGGGCAGCAGCCCGCUCGCGCUGGGCUCGCUGUCUGCGGCGCUGGGCGGCGGCAGCGCCGGCGGCAGCCCCGUCCGCACGCCCCUGCGGCGAGCGUCCUUCUCCCCUCGCUACCCCUACGCGAGCGCCCGCCGCAGCCUGGACGGACAGACCAGCGGCAGCGGCGGCGCGACGCCGCAGGCGGGCAGCCCUGUUGCAUCCCCGCUGCCGCCGCUGGCGUUUGCAGCGGUGUGGCCGAUGCUGCCGCCGGCGGCGCCACAGCACGUGCCGUUGCAGCAGCAGCAGCAGCAGCAGCAGCAGCAGCAGCAGCAGCAGCAGCAGUCCCCAGCGGGGACAAGCGCUGCCGCGGCGAGCGCCACACCUUCGGAGCCCCCACUCCCCGCCAGACUGCCAAUGGGCUCAGUCCCGCGCCCGUAUCACUGGGAACGCGAGCGGUCGCCGGCCGCAGACGAGCCCGCCGCGCCGGCGGCAGCUGCGGCAGGUGGGGACUCGCGGGGCUUGCAAGGGGCCGCAGGCCAAGGAGACGAUGCGCGACCAUCACAGCAGCAACAGCAGCAGCAGCAGCAGCAGCAGCAGCAGGAGCCCGGCCUGCCCCAUCCGCCGCCCGAGCGGCGCUUCGCGGGCCUCGACGCGCUGCGGCGCCACAACGCGCUGCUGGGGCGCGAGACGGAGCUCCUAGAGGCGGAGGCGCGCCUCAGCCGCGCGGAGGCGAGCCUGCUGCGCGCCCAGGAGGCGGUGCUGCAGCGGCAGGCGCAGCUGCUGCGUCACCAGGUGGCGCAGCUGACGGCGGGCAGGGCGGCUAACGGGGAGGAUGGGGCGGCUGGGGGCCCCGCGGCUGGCGGCCAGGAGCGGUCCGAGGAGCAGCAGCGGCCACAGCAGCAUGAGCAGCAGCAGCAGCAGUAG